CAUUGUUUUUAUUAUUUCUUUCAUAUUAAAAAAAUGAGCAACAAUAACCAACAAGGAAACUUGAAGCAGUUUUUACUUGCUGGUGCCUGUGCUGGUACAGCUGUAGAUACUGCUCUUUUCCCCUUGGAUACCAUCAAGACCAGAUUACAAUCACAACAUGGAUUCAUUGCUUCAGGUGGAUUCCGUGGUAUUUAUUCCGGUUUAUUGACAGCAGUUAUUGGAAGUGCACCUGGUGCUUCUUUAUUUUUCGUCACUUAUGAAGCUACAAAACGUGUAUUAGGUGCUACUGUAGAUAAUGCUCAAUAUGCACCCUUGAUUCAUAUGGUAGCUGCUUCCUGUGGUGAAACAGUGGCAUGUACUGUACGUGUCCCUACCGAAGUCAUCAAACAACGUAUGCAAACCAAGCAAUUCAACAAAACUUCGGCUGCUGUCUCGCAUGUGUUACGUACCGAAGGUAUUUUGGGCAUGUACAGAGGCUUCUUAUCCACUGUUGCGCGUGAAAUUCCAUUCACAUGUAUCCAAUUUCCAUUGUACGAAUACUUCAAAAGAACUUAUGCUACUAUGCAAGGUCGUCCCACCGAACCUUAUGAAGCCGCAUUAAUGGGUUCCUUUGCUGGUGCUGUCGCUGCUGCUACAACCACUCCCUUAGACGUCUGUAAAACUAGAAUUAUGUUAUCCAACAAGAAUCAAAGCACGAAGCAUUAUGAUGGUAUUGUUUCUACCAUGAAGCGUAUUGCUGCUGAAGAAGGCCCAAGAGCCUUGUUCUCAGGUAUCGGUCCUCGUGUCAUGUGGAUCUCCAUUGGCGGUAGUAUCUUUUUAGGUGUAUAUGAAAAGGCUGUGAAAACCUUUGUUCAACUUCGCGUCUUGGAUGAACGCUUCUAAAUAAGAAACAGUCCUCUCUUUAUUUUUCUAGAAAUUAAAAAAAAAUAUAACCUUGUAUAAUUCACCCCCCUUCUCUCUUCACUCUUGUAAUAAAUAAAAUAUUUAAAAAAUUAUGAAUGAACUUGUAACUGCAAUCGUUACAUUUACUGAAUUACUUCAACAAGCGAAAUCGCCUUGUGUGGCCACUUGGAGACCUUUCUUUAUAACAACCUGUUCAGACUGGUGUAUCUACAUCG